AUGAUAGAUACAGUCACCUCUACUCUCACACCUAAUACGACCACCAAGAAAGAAAAACCUCCAAAACCUGGAUCCAAAAAAGCACAACUGUUAAAGGCACAAUCAAAAACUACAUCGUCCAAGGGAACCGACCAUGCUGAUCCGUACGUGAUGCCAAACUAUGCUGUUCAUGGCCAAGUACUGGUUCUCGUCUUUGCAAAAGCCUCGUCGUUAAAGGCAGCACUUCUUCAACCACAUAUUUGCUAUGAAGGGCAACAACUAAACGGCCCACUCAAAGGAGUCAACUUUCCAGUAGCAUCGUUUUUAGAAUGGAGUGCACAGACUCCCAACAAAACACUUGCAGAAACAUCAAUCGUUGACUUGGUAAUUGGACUCGAGGCAAAUAAAGUCAUAGAGGAUGUUGUAAAACCAGGUUCACAAAAUCCAUGUUCGGUGUCUUCAUUAGCAAAAAUAGAACCUUCAACUCAUGCAGAUGUAUUGCCGACUGGAGCAUCACUCCAAGCAACGGACUCGGCCAAUGUGCUUUAUAUUAUUUCUGGGUUAAAAGGCGACAGGUCCACAUUCCUGCAUGAAUGGGCUCAUGCACGGUUUUUUCUAGAUGCUUCGUUUAAAGCAGAGUCAACUCGGAUCUGGGAUGCUCUUGAUCCUCAACUGAAACGGCAUAUCCAAAAAGAAUUGCUCAUGAGAAAUUACAGACCGGAUGUGUUUGUGGAUGAAUUCCAGGCAUAUGUGUUGGAAAGUGCUGAAGAUUUUGGAAAGCGAUGGGCGGAACACUUGAAAGUUCCUCAUGCCAAACUGCGAUCGCUUGUCAACUUGCCUUCUAAUAUAUGUUGA